AUGGAGGAUGUUCUCGAUGAAGUGGUAUCUUCAGAAGACUUGCAAAAAUUCGAGAAAAUAUUUCAUGAACAGCUCCACCAAGGAAAAGUUACGCAUAAAGCGCAAUUUGAAUAUGCGUGGUGCCUGGUGCGAAGCAAAUACCCUACAGAUAUUCGAAAGGGUAUCCUCUUACUGAAAGAAUUGUUUACUUCACACUCGGAAGGCAAACGUGACUACCUGUUCUACCUUGCUAUUGGUAAUGCUAGAAUCAAGGAGUACAAUAAAGCACUUCACUAUGUGAAAUCAUUCUUAGAAAUUGAGCCUGCAAACCAACAAGUACUGGCAUUGGAGCGGCAGAUUAACAAGAGAAUGGAAAAGGAGGGCUUACUGGGCAUUGCGGUGGCGGGCGGCGCGGUGCUCGCGAUCGGCGGACUCGUCGGACUCGGCAUAGCGCUGGCUUCUUCCAAAAAAUAA